GCCUGGGUCUCUGGCCUUCCCAGACUGCAGUUUGGGCUUGUGAAUCCUCCUGCUAAUCUCUCCAGUCUAGAUCCCCUCAGCCACUCGCCCCAAGAUGGGCCGUGGGGCUGGACGUGAAUACUCACCUGCAGCCACUACUGCAGAGAAUGGAGGUGGCAAGAAGAAACAGAAAGAGAAGGAGCUGGAUGAGCUGAAAAAGGAGGUGGCCAUGGAUGACCACAAGCUAUCCUUGGAUGAGCUGGGCCGCAAAUACCAAGUGGACCUAUCCAAGGGCCUCACCAACCAGCGGGCCCAGGACAUCCUGGCUCGAGAUGGGCCCAAUGCCCUCACUCCACCUCCGACAACACCUGAGUGGGUCAAGUUCUGUCGCCAGCUUUUUGGGGGCUUCUCCAUCCUUUUGUGGAUUGGGGCCAUCCUCUGCUUCCUGGCCUAUGGCAUACAGGCUGCCAUGGAAGAUGAACCAUCCAACGACAAUCUAUAUCUAGGUGUGGUGCUGGCAGCUGUAGUCAUCGUCACUGGCUGCUUCUCCUACUACCAAGAAGCCAAGAGCUCCAAGAUCAUGGAUUCCUUCAAAAAUAUGGUUCCACAGCAAGCCCUCGUGGUGCGGGAGGGCGAGAAGAUGCAGAUCAAUGCGGAGGAAGUGGUGGUGGGAGACCUGGUGGAGGUGAAGGGUGGAGACCGCGUGCCUGCUGACCUCCGGAUCAUCUCUUCUCAUGGCUGUAAGGUGGACAACUCAUCCCUAACUGGCGAGUCAGAACCCCAGACCCGCUCCCCUGAGUUUACCCAUGAGAACCCCCUGGAGACUCGCAAUAUCUGUUUCUUUUCUACCAACUGUGUGGAAGGCACUGCCAGGGGUAUCGUGAUUGCCACAGGUGACCGGACAGUGAUGGGCCGCAUAGCCACUCUAGCCUCAGGCCUGGAAGUUGGGCGGACCCCUAUAGCCAUGGAAAUUGAACACUUCAUCCAGCUGAUCACAGGGGUGGCUGUGUUUCUGGGUGUCUCCUUCUUCGUGCUGUCCCUCAUCCUGGGCUACAGCUGGUUGGAGGCAGUCAUCUUCCUCAUCGGCAUCAUUGUGGCCAACGUGCCUGAGGGUCUGCUGGCUACUGUCACUGUAUGUUUGACCCUGACAGCCAAGCGCAUGGCAAGGAAGAACUGUCUGGUGAAGAACCUAGAGGCAGUGGAGACCCUGGGCUCCACCUCCACCAUCUGCUCUGACAAGACCGGCACCCUUACCCAGAAUCGCAUGACUGUCGCCCACAUGUGGUUUGACAACCAGAUCCAUGAGGCUGACACCACUGAAGACCAGUCUGGGGCCACUUUUGACAAACGAUCUCCCACAUGGACGGCCCUGUCUCGGAUUGCUGGACUCUGCAACCGUGCUGUCUUCAAAGCAGGGCAGGAGAACAUCUCUGUGUCUAAGCGUGACACAGCUGGUGAUGCCUCUGAGUCAGCUCUGCUCAAGUGUAUUGAGUUGUCCUGUGGCUCCGUGAGGAAGAUGAGGGACAGAAACCCCAAGGUGGCAGAGAUUCCUUUCAACUCCACCAACAAAUACCAGCUGUCCAUUCACGAGCGAGAAGACAGUCCCCAGAGCCAUGUGCUGGUGAUGAAGGGGGCCCCAGAGCGCAUCCUGGACCGGUGCUCCUCCAUCUUGGUGCAGGGCAAGGAGAUCCCCCUGGACAAGGAGAUGCAAGACGCCUUUCAGAAUGCCUACAUGGAGCUGGGAGGACUGGGGGAACGCGUGCUGGGGUUCUGUCAGCUGAAUCUGCCCUCUGGAAAGUUUCCCCGUGGCUUCAGAUUUGACACAGAUGAACUUAACUUUCCCACGGAGAAGCUCUGCUUCGUAGGGCUCAUGUCCAUGAUCGACCCCCCCCGGGCUGCUGUGCCAGACGCUGUGGGCAAGUGUCGGAGUGCAGGCAUCAAGGUGAUCAUGGUGACUGGGGACCACCCAAUCACAGCCAAGGCUAUUGCCAAAGGCGUGGGCAUUAUAUCAGAGGGCAAUGAAACUGUGGAGGACAUUGCAGCCCGGCUCAACAUCCCUGUCAGUCAAGUCAACCCCAGAGAGGCCAAGGCAUGUGUGGUGCAUGGCUCUGACCUAAAGGACAUGACGUCGGAGCAGCUGGAUGAGAUCCUCAAGAACCACACAGAGAUUGUUUUUGCACGGACAUCUCCACAGCAGAAGCUUAUCAUCGUAGAGGGCUGUCAGAGGCAGGGAGCCAUCGUGGCAGUGACAGGUGAUGGCGUGAAUGACUCUCCAGCACUUAAGAAGGCGGACAUUGGCAUUGCCAUGGGUAUCUCAGGCUCCGAUGUCUCUAAGCAGGCAGCCGACAUGAUUCUGCUGGAUGACAACUUUGCCUCUAUUGUCACAGGCGUGGAGGAGGGCCGCCUCAUCUUUGACAACCUGAAAAAAUCCAUUGCGUACACCCUGACCAGCAACAUCCCUGAGAUCACCCCCUUCCUGCUCUUCAUUAUUGCCAACAUCCCCCUGCCACUGGGCACUGUGACCAUCCUCUGCAUUGACCUGGGCACUGACAUGGUCCCCGCCAUCUCCUUGGCCUAUGAGGCAGCUGAGAGUGACAUCAUGAAGCGGCAGCCGAGAAACUCUCAGACAGACAAGCUGGUGAACGAGAGGCUGAUCAGCAUGGCUUAUGGACAGAUCGGAAUGAUCCAGGCUCUAGGAGGCUUCUUCACCUACUUCGUGAUCCUGGCAGAGAAUGGUUUUCUGCCAUCACGGUUGUUGGGAAUCCGCCUCGACUGGGAUGACCGGUCCACAAAUGACCUGGAGGACAGCUAUGGACAGGAGUGGACCUAUGAGCAGCGGAAGGUGGUGGAGUUUACCUGCCACACAGCCUUUUUUGCCAGCAUCGUGGUGGUGCAGUGGGCUGACCUCAUCAUCUGCAAGACCCGCCGCAACUCAGUCUUCCAGCAGGGCAUGAAGAACAAGAUUUUGAUUUUUGGGCUCCUGGAAGAGACAGCACUGGCUGCCUUUCUAUCCUACUGCCCAGGCAUGGGUGUGGCCCUCCGUAUGUACCCACUCAAGGUUACCUGGUGGUUCUGUGCCUUCCCCUACAGUCUCCUCAUCUUCAUCUAUGAUGAAGUCCGAAAGCUCAUCCUAAGGCGAUAUCCUGGUGGCUGGGUGGAAAAGGAGACCUACUACUGAGCACACUGGAAAGAAGAACCAGGCACGGGAAAGAUGGGGUGCCCUGGAGGAGUUGCUGGGAUGGUGAUGGGUAGGGAUGGAAGAACUGGGGUAGUUUUUAGGUGAAGAUUUGGCAAGAGAGAAUGAGGCAAUUCAGCCCACCAAUUUGGGGAGAGUGGGUGAAUAAGCUCCCAGAGACCCAACUCUGAUCAGUCACAUUAGACACUCCCCCCAGAUCCUGCUCCAUCCCACUCUACCAUGUUGUCUAUUUUUAUGAGGGCUUGAAGGUUACUCCAGCCCUCCACAUUCUCUAUCCCUUCUCCCCCAUCUUACACUAGAACAGAUCAACAUCCAAAGGCAAGGAUAUGUCAAACCAGGAGGAAGGAAAACUUCUCAGGUCACCAAUAUCUCUUUAUCUCUCCAGCCUCACCCCACUUCCCACCUUCACCCUUCAUUUGCUUCCUGCCCAACUCUGUCCCCUGCUUCCCCCUCCAACCAACAAAUCACAAAUAGCUCCUCCUAUUGAGUCCAGAAAGGGAAGCUGGUUGGAGAAGACAGCCUGUAUCCCAGGCAAGGCUACUUAAGAACCUCUAGAGGAGAGCUGGGCAGACACAGACAGGUGAGAGGUUAGCGUAUGGUAGAGGAGGCAGACAACAAUGGGAGAGAGACAGGAAAGGAAAGAUAGAUCAAUGACAGGGCAUUUGAUGCCUGGAAUCUCCAGAUAGACAUCUGGGCUCCAGCUCUGUGUCCUGCUCUUUUAGAGUGUCCUGGCAGCAGACCAAAUUCAAAUGUUGUCAGAGUAGCAGCAGAGACAGGACCAGAAUGCAGUCCUGGGACCUUCACUGAGAUCCUACACCCAUGUGUCACAGAGUUCCCACUGACCCUUGCUUUGUGAUCUAUUUGGUCCAUGAGGUCCAGGUGUCACAGAUGUUCCAGCUCUCUCAAUCACAUGCACUUGGUAACACCUGCCCUUUAGAAUGUUAAGAACUCAGAAGUUUCAUGUUGUUCUGAAAGGGAUAGCUGCCACUCUUCCCCUUCAUGCCCAUGCUGAUGAACCUGCAUCAUUCUAGGCACUGACAAGCCAGAAGUUCCCUGGCCAACAGCUGGAAUCAGGGUAGAGGGAUUUUCAGAACCUCCCUGUCUUCCAAGGAUGUGCAGAAUCAGCUUAGGUCAUGAACAUGGUCAGACUUGUGGACCAGAGGGAAAGCAUUAGGGGACCUGCCUUUGACUUCUCAGUCAGCAGUGCUAUUCCUCCCAGUCAAAUACCCUUUAUGCUGAUGUUCAUUGUACCCACUUUCCCUAAGAUGAGCAAUUGGUUUCCAGUUCCUAUGGGAGAUAUUUUUCCUUCCUUUACUCCCUAUCCACCUAGCACUUCUGCUCUGCAGGCAGUUCUGCCCACUCUUUAAGGCUGGCUUAGAAGGCAUUGGGAAUAUCCCCUUGAGAGACCUAGAUGAACAAAGCAAGUGAGAGACACCUAAGGAAAAUGAAAGAUUCUAAAGCAAAAGGAAGGAAGCACAAAAAGCAAACUUUAGGUGAGGCCCAAUGGCCACCUCCCAAGGUCUGUUACUUCAUUACAGUGAAAUUGUACUUUAUCAGAAGCACCUUGAAAUAAGUGAAUCAUUGCCUUGGGUUUGGAAAACUAAGUGGAAAAUCACAAUAUUUUGGGUCUAAUUAAUUUGAGAUUUAUUGACUGUGGACAAAAGUUUAUCUUUACACAAUACAAAAGGCAUCUGUUCAGUAAAUUAAGAGCAUAAACAAUAUUGUUAAGGGUGACAUAUUAGUCUUCCUAAAACAAUCUUUUUCAAGCACUUUAGGAAUCUCCAUUUAGAAGUAGUGAGUAUAUGAGCUAAUUAUCAUCCAUUUUUAUGUAUUUGUUAAAAACAUCUGCAAGACCUUUACUUGGUGACCUUUCAUAAGACAUUAGUUUGAGGCACUACAUAUGUACUUGAAAAUAAUAAAGUUGCAUUUCUUUAUGAAAAAAGAAA